AUGGCUGCACAGUUAAAAACGUUAUAUGAUGAGCUAGUUCGCGCCUUUUCCUCCAGACCUUCAGAUCUCAAGAAAUGCACAGAAAUCCUCCCGAAGCUUAAGCUCGGACUUAUAGAGGCUGGAGUUUUGCUCCCCCGAGGCGAUGUCAAUUUAGGAGACCUCGUCACCGCACGUGAAAUCCUUGAAAUUGGCGCAUUUGUCAGUAUCCGGAGUCGGGAUGUGCCCUCUUUCGACCGCUAUUUCUCCCAAUUGCAAACGUUCUACACAGACUAUAGCGAAUCGCUCCCUUCGUCGAAACGCGAGUAUCCCAUCCGAGGGCUAAAUCUCAUCCGCCUCCUCACCCAGAACCGUAUUGCGGACUUCCACACGACACUAGAGAGCCUCGAUGCGGAAGUCAUCGCAGAGAAUCCGUUCAUUCGGCAUCCCGUAAAUCUGGAGAGAUGGCUCAUGGAAGGAAGCUAUAGUAAGGUGUGGAAUGCGAGGGAGGAAGCUCCAGCGGAAGAAUACAAAUUCUUCGUUGAUAGCCUGAUGGGCACUAUCAGAAACGAGAUUGCGAGCUGUGAGGAAGCUGCAUACGAAAGCCUCCCCCUUAAGGAUGCUGCUACCCUGCUAUUCUUCGAGAAUCAGACAGAUCUACUUAAAUUUGCGCAACACCGCGAUUGGCAGGUUGAUCUUACAGGAGGCGCAAUCGUCUUCAAGAAGAAAGGCGAAGAAAAGAUGGAGAUUCCCAAACAGCGUCUGAUUGCAGCAUCUUUGGCGUACGCUCGAGAAUUAGAGCAGAUUGUGUAG